GUUUUUACUAAUUUCCAUUUACCCACACGACACCGUAUCAAGUAGAGGUUUUCUGUUCAGUUUCUUUGCAUCAUCAUCACUGACUAGUUCUCUUCUGGAAGAAGAAGAAGCCAUACAAUUCAAACAGCGAUGCCUCGGUACUAUUGUGACUAUUGCGAUACCUAUCUGACUCACGAUUCUCCAUCUGUGAGAAAGCAGCAUAAUUCAGGUUACAAACACAAGGCAAAUGUGAGGUCCUACUACCUGCAAUUUGAAGAGCAACAAACACAAAGUUUAAUUGAUCAAAGGAUUAAGGAACAUCUUGGGCAAGCUGCGGCGUUUCAGCAAGUUGGUGUAGCUUUUAACCCCAUGAUGGCUCAAAGGCCUUCUAUGCCCAUCUUGCCACCACCAAGAUUUCCAAUUCCUGGAAGUGCACCAGGUCAACAACUAUUCCCAGGGAUGAGACCUCUUAUGCCGAGGCCAGGUCCCAUGGCACCAGGAUAUUAUCCUGCACCUGGCAUGCCACCAACUUUACCUCCACCUGGUGCUCCCUCGAUACCUGGUCAGGCAAAUACCCUGCCUAGGCCUCCGACACUAGCUCCCCCGCCGAUGGUUCCUGGAACCAAUUCAUCAGCGCCAGCCUCCAAUGGUGCUCCUCCCAUGGUUUCAUCAGCAAUGUAUCCAACCAAUUCAUCAGCACCAUCAACCGGAGGCUAUGAAAGUUACAAUGCUAAUGCUCAACCACCAUCAACCGGAGGCUAUGAAAGUUACAAUGCUAAUGCUCAACCACCAUCAACCGGAGGCUAUGAAAGUUACAAUGCCAACGCUCAACCACCUGAGGGCAAUCACUAAUCUGGUCAGCUUAGAAUGCUAUUUUGUAUGGAAUUACCCGAGUACAAUAUUUGUUCCAUAAAAGUUUCAUAACUUGUUCUUGAUGUUUCCUAUUGGUAACUCGCACAGAGAGUUGAGUAUUUGCAAAGAUACCGCACUGCCAAAUUCUAUGUCUGCCAUGGCCUAUGGGAAUUUUGAUAAUAUCAUUUUAUGCUCUUCUUAUCAGCAGUUGGUCAAAAGGGGGCGCCCUUAUCUGCCUUCUUAUCUUUGUAGCAAAAAUAUUUUAAGAUUUUUGGCAUGUAGCUUAUCAAGCGGUAUGGAUGUGAGGAAAAAUUGUACGAAUUCCUAUUCCUUGGUGAAAGAACUUGUAUUGAGAUUGAGGUACUAGUUGCCUAAAAUUUUCAUAUCAAGACAUAUAAACCCAGUUUGUGAUAUAAUAACUUCGUUAAAAAUUACUGAAAACUGACACCGAGUAUUGUUGUUUCUCCUAAAGUUUAUGGAUAUAAUCAUGCGUUUUUUU